AUGUCAGCUGCCGAUCAAGUUCAACUCUCCAAUUUUGGGAGCAUUUUCUCCCUCGACGGCAAAGUCGCUGUCGUAACAGGUGGAUCGCGUGGAUUAGGUCUGCAUGCCGCCUCAGGCCUUUUACAAGCCGGGUGCUCCAAGGUGUACAUCACCUCUCGCAAGAAGCAGGCCUGCGAUGAAGCCGUCGCAGCGCUAAAUGCCUUACCUAAUAAGCGGCCUGGUGCCCAGGCUAUUUCCGUUCCAGCCGACAGUGCCAACAUGCAAGACCUGGACAGACUUAUUUCGGAAAUUGGCAAGACGACCGAUCAUGUCGAUCUCCUGUUUGCCAACGCGGGCGCGACGUGGGGUGAGAAGUUCGAUACGCACCCGGAGAAGAUGUUCUCCAAGGUGAUGGAUCUGAAUGUGAAGAGCAUUUUCUACACUAUCCAAAAACUCACCCCCUUGCUAACAGCCAAGGCCACCAUUGAAGACCCAUCCCGGGUAAUCAUCACCGCAUCAGUGGCCGGCAUUGGGAUUGGUGCAAUCGGUGAAAACGCCACGCCAAGCUACUCUGCCUCCAAAGCAGCGGCUAUUCAUCUGGCAAAGAACCUGGCCGUGGAGCUCGGACCGCGGCAUAUUCUCACCAAUGCCAUCGCACCCGGCUUUUACCCAUCCAAGAUGGCCAGUGGCCUGAUUGAGCUGAAUGGCGGAAUGAAGGAGUUAGAGAAGUACUCGCCUAAUGGUCGUUUGGGUCGGCCUGAGGAUAUCGCGGGCCUAGUCGUAUUCUUAUCGUCUCGGGCUUCGAGCCAUUUGAACGGAGCGGUUAUCACGACGGAUGGCGGUUCAGUGCUGAAGGGUCGUCUCUAA